AUGAUUCUUGAAAUGCCGGGGUUCGUGCUGUACUUGUUCAGCACCACUCGUGUUGGCAGAUCGCACAGAGACGUGCGAAUACAUGGGGCCAUUGUGACAGAUGGUUGCGAGUUGCUUUCCGAGGAAGCUUGCCGAAGUGGUGCUUGGCUAGAUUCCUGGCUGCAGCACGAUUUCAGUGAUGCACAGUCGAGUAAGACUCCGCGGCAGAGCAAAACGGAGCAUGUGCAGUGGAAUGUUUUGUCUGCGUGCACGUACAAUGAGCAGUUGACUCUGCUGGUGCAACACUUCAAAGGAAAUCAAAUUCAGCCCUUUUGUACACUGAGCCUGCUCGGCCAAACGUUGUUCCGUGAAGCCGAGUUGCGUGCUGUGGGAGACAGUGACCAGACACUGUUCACAGCCCAGCUUCGGAAGCAGGGGCGUUUGGUGCGAAUGCCUAGGGCUUAUUUAACCACGGUCUUUCGCAAAGAAAUUGUGAGGCAUGUCAUCAGUCCUGCUUCCCUGAGCCGUUCUCUGCACGUGGAGCCUGUUGCCCCCCAGGCGGCCGGGCUUGGUCCUGGCGCAGGCCAGGUUCCCGCCCUUGCCGCUGUGGGGGGCCCAGGCGGUGCUGAGCCGGCUGAUUCAGCCGAGCCUGGCCCUGAGCCACCUGCGCCCGUAGAGCAAGUUGAGCAACUUCCGGGUAGGACCAGCCUGCAAGAGAUCCUGCUUGCUCAGCUGGGGUACAGGCUGUCCAGCACGGAGGACAUGGAUGAGACCCUCCAAUUGACUCGCAGAAUUCUGUUCGACAUGCUGCGUAGUCUGUCGCAGCGGUUCGUCAACGAGCCAGGGUGUAGCAGUGUGCGGCGUGCCAGGUACCUGUCGGCAGAUGCAUCGCCGCAGGGAGGGCACGACUACCUGUGCAUCCUGGAGGAGAUUGCAUCGCGCUCCAGCAGCUGGGUGCCGGAUGCUGAGGAAGGGCAGUUUAAUCCCUUCAAGGGCUUCGAUCAAUGCGUGCGUGCCUUGCCCUGCCAGACACUGGCACGAGGCCAGACGAAGGUGCCCAUGAAAGUGGCCUGCCUGUUGAAUUCCAUCCUGAUGGAACACGGCGUGGACAAGUUGCAGCACUACCGGCAGGAAGUCCGGGGCUGGGUGUCUGACCAAGGCACGGAGCGGGCCAUCUCCAAGUAUCCCCUAAGAGAUGGCCUUGCUGUGCUCGGGAAGCCGCUGCGCCUGGACAUGGAAGGACAUGACUUGCCCGCAGACGUUGUGGGUCGCGGGGGUGAGGCCUCGCGGCCCUUCUUUCACUCGUCCCUGGACGUUUCUGGCCUGAUGCACGUAGUCUACAAUGCCCUGGAGGCAGCUGUGACCGGACAGAGGCACUGGCCAAAGUUCCAGAAACAGUUGCGGGCAAUUUGCAAGCUGUGCGGAGAAAAGAGCUACCAAGAGGUGGUGGCCAACCAAAUGCUCCGCGCAGCAGGUGCAUCGGCCCUUGACAUCCAGAUGUUGUGUGCCUUCAAUGCCAAGCAUCUGGACUGGCACUGGGAGACCUUGGAGACAGUUUUGGCUCAGUGGUCCCCUCUGAGACCGGUGCUGCAGCAGUAUUUCAAGGCGGACAUGCUUGAGGCCACAGAUUCCGGCUUGGCGCUUUUGGUGUCCCAAGCUCUGCAGAGCCCGUGGCACGGACUCAUGCUUGAAUGGUUGCGUGGCCUGACAGAGGCAGUGGGCAAGGAAACACGAUGGAUGGAAGGCUGCUACUGCCACGAGGCCGUGCUCGUCGGCACCGGGAGCAGGUGGAAGCGUAGACACCAGAUGCUUGGAGCAACUGGUGCGGUCACCUGCCCUUGGAAAGGCAAGUGGUUGCCAUCCUUUGCUUUGGGCCACCGUGAAGCCAUGACGCGUUCUCUGGACCUCGCCGGCAGCAGUGAGUACCACAGAGCGUUGCUGAAUGGAAGACCCCGAGCGGUCACUCCACAAGUACCCCCCGAUGCCUUUGUGGCCAUCCAGGAAUUGAGCCUGGUGCCACUGGUCGAGCGACGAAUCGAGGGGGAGCACGCGCAGGUUAAGCUUGCGGCCCAGCGUGGCUUCAGAUGGGCCGGGCCGGCCAUGGUUUGUGCGCGGAAGCGCAGACAUCAGGUGCUGGCUAUGCUGGAGAAUCCCUCGCUGCUGCAAUGGGUCUGUCAAAACUGGAGGGCCCGGGACAUUUUCCAGAGAGUUCUGGCCCACAAGUGCCUGCCGACAACGGUCAAUCUCAUGGGCCGGUCCGAGAGAUAUGCUCGCGUGUAUGGGUACGCGGUGGAUGACCACUUCAGAGAUGUUGAGAAGAUGCAGCAGGCAGCCCGCGGCCGGGCUGCCGAGCUGAAGGCUUUACACCCUCCUCCGCAAGCAGCCUCCCACGACAGCAAGCAGAUUGUAGGGUUCUUCAAGGCGCAUCUGCGCCCAGGCAGCAUCUGCAGCAUGCCUGCAGCCAUGGUGCGAGCAUGUGACCCUGGCCGUGGCCCUCACCCACAGCUCUGCGCGCUUAGCACAGCAGACAUCGCCCGAGCCUUCUGUGCCAGCUCUCGGACACAGUUGAGUGUUGACAUGCUGCCGUGGACCGAGUGGGCCUCUGACAAUUCCAUGUGUGCUUCCACUCGCACCGCUCGCGCUGAACCGAAGACAUUGGACGCGGCUGCGUUCUGCACUCCGGAUUCCUUCGUGGACGUGGCGAACCAAUGUUUGGUGUGGCAGUGUCUGCCAGUGGGUCUGCAUGUGGAGCUUCCUGCUCUGGAAGCUGCAGUAACAGAUGCCCCACUUCCACUUCCCUUCUUCGUGGACGACGAGGACAUGUUGCAGGGUCUGCUGAAUGCGGAGAGUGGUGGAAAAUGGGAGGUGUUCAGGAUCAGUCAAUCCGUCUGUGGGCUGCUUUGGCAGGCCCUUGCAGAUGGACUGCCGCCAGGACGUUCUGUGAAACCGCCAGCGCUUAGAGGGCGCACGACCCGACUGGUCGGCUCGGCCGGGGACGCGGGUUUUGAUGCGAUGCUGCGAGGCUCAGGUGGCACGGCCGCGGUGCGGGAAGAGCUGUGUGACCUGCGACUUCGGUCCGGGGAUGACUGUCCUGACCGACAAUGCGGGGUGCUGGGCAAGGACCUCUGUUUUUCGAGGAGGCAUUGCCGCCUUGGACAGGGAGUGGUGGGCCCUGUGGAAGGGGCGGUCACCUUGUCAUCUCCAGCUCAGACGUCCAGACUCCUCGUCAAUGGCCGAUUCCGUGAUUUCUCCAGUACGGACAGGGAGCAGCUGCAGCCCAUUUAG